AGGAACCAUCACUUCCCAGGAGGCACUCUGGAGGAAUCUGACUCUGAUGGUUGAUAUAGGAUACAGACCUGAAGCUGAAUUACCUGAAUAACGUGGUCAAGUUAACAAGCAACUUGGCAAGUGUGGUUCACUCAGAGCUCCAUUUCUCCUACAAAAAAAAGAUGGUGUACUUCAUGAUGGAACUGGUAAAACAGGAGCCACCAACCUCUAUCUCCAGUCCUAUUAGACAGAAGGCAAUGAUGAUUAUCACCAAUUUCAGGAAGCUGAAACCUGCUUUGCAACCAGAAGAGAGGAAGGAACUGCUCAGAGCUUGUUUUAAAAACAUUAUCAGCCUGCCUCCCUUAGAGGUCAUGCAGACAGAUAUGUCUCCCAAGGAAUCCCAGGCCAUCGCGAAUCUAUUCAGGGACACAUUGCAGGCUCUGCGGAAGAUGCUGGAGGGGUUGGUCACAGAAAUGCCAACCUGGGUCCAGAACUACUUGGAGUUUCUGGACACAUGGCUUAAUUCCCAGAAGGACCAUGAGAGGGAACGAGCCUUGUGGUGUGGUGUUCGCAUCCUCAGUUUCACUGUCAAGAAGCACAAUUUUUAUGUGAGUGUGGCCGUUGUGAGAGACAGUCCAGGGCAGGCAGGCCAGGGGCAAGACCCAGCCAAGGGACAAAGGAUCCAAUUCAUCUCUUCCUCUCCACACAUAGUCACCUAGCUCAGCCUCACAGCAAGCUACACAAUAAGAACACUUCUAAAAGGUUUUAAGGUUUGCAAAAUACCCUACCACAACAUUGUAAGGAAGGGAAUGCAAAUAUUACUACCCCAUUUGAGGAUGAAGAAAAUGAAUCCCGGGAGAAGUUGUAAGUGAUUUUCCCCAAGGCCAUACAUAUUAAAGUCAGAGCUGGUAUCCUAAUCUAGGCUCCUGACUUCCAAAACCAAAACAUUUUCCCAUCGAUUAGGAAACUUCUCUAAAGUCCUUUCCAGGUAGGCCUGUUUUAUCUGCCCCUUGCUCCGCCUGUCCCUGGUUCUUCUGCUAUGUGUUUUCUCCUCAGCCUCCCUGUUAUGUCCUCUGCCCAGAACAAAGAACUUUUGUUCUUAUCAAGCACUUUUCCAUCCACGUGCCCAGCUGACAUCUGCACUCUCCCUUUGUCCUACCAGCUUCCUCCAUUAACUUCACCAAACACCAUAACCCCCCUCCUCACUCUUACUUUCUCCAAGGGUGACCCAUACCCUUGGGCUGCCCUAGCUUCCCUCACAUUCACCUAUAAGCUAGCAUGGUACAAAGGAAUAGCAUGUGUAACCUUUGCUCUCUUCUUCCCUUUCUCCCCUGAGAUUGACAUUGAGUUUCUCCAGCUCGGGCAACUGGUGAGGUUUUUGGCCAUACUUUGUCAGGACCAUGUGGACAACAUCAGCUUCCUGGCCUCACAGGCUGUUUACAGUCUCUACUGCAUCAUGCUGCUCAAGAAGAAGUUGGAUCAGGAAAAGAAAGGGAUAUGGGAAGAACUUCCCAAGAAAGAAGGUGUCUACAGUGCCUGUGUGUUCCAUAAUGACACUGCUGAGAUUGCCAAGGCUUUUGCAGAAUACUUCACCCCAAAGCAACUCACCAGCCUGGUACUGACUGCCAUGGAGGGCUUAAUGGACAGCCGAGCCAAGAUCUCUCUAGCUUCAGGGCAGCUCAUGAGCUCUAUCAUGGAGGAGAGAGGGAAAGAUGUAUUGAAGAUCGAUCAAAUUGUCAAUGGCAUCUAUGAUAGACUCAAAUUCCAACUGGAACCAGCUACAAGGAGGGAGACACUGCAGGCCAUGUGUGCAUUAGUAGGCAACAACACCCACAGUGUAAUGACCCUACUGCUGAAGCGCCCACUUCCUUGGGAAGGAAUCAACAUGGAACUAUGGCGAGUGUUUGGCACCCGGAGGAAGACCACAAUCAAUGUCCUGCAGUUGCUCAUAUCUAUCUUGGAAGAGUGGCACCCUAAGCAGGGUUACAAGGAGAUGUCGUUUCGUCCUGUGGCGGUGGCCUGUGCCCUGUGCGAGAUGCUGUCAGGGACAGUGUGCAAGUUGGCUGUGCUGGAGCUCUACCCCCGGCUGCUGCUGGCUGUACUAAAUCAUGUAUAUUGGGUCAUUGAACAAAAUGUCCCUCAGAACAUGGUGGUAUACCGUAAAGAGGGCAUCCCAGGCAUCAGGAGCAAGGUCUUCGACCCUGUCAGUUGUGCACUGGAGGCUGUCAAGACCAUGUUGAUAGCUGCUGAGUAUUAUAGGGUUGUAUCCUAUGCUGACCAAUACCGUGGCUGGGAUCUGCUCUCCAGCCCGAAGUAUUACUACAUGGGAGUCAUCGAAUUAACAAGUCCUUGUUCUAUUUCCCAGCCACCUUCCAGGAUGUCCUGCCUCCCUUCCCUCCCCACCCCCAGCAACCCUUGGACUCCUAUGUCCCAUCCCAGUGGCUUAGUGAGGAACUGUGACUCCAAUAUUCUACAUCGAAUCAUGAGGGAAGUCAAGCCACUCCUGUACAGUGUGGACGACAGGCAGAAGGUCAUGGCUAGGGCUUUGUUUGUUCAGCUCCUCUGGCACCGAUCAGUGGCCCAGACCUUGGGGGAAAACUUUCUGAGUCAUCUAAUUAAAUGGAUCCGUGAACCCAAUCCCAUCAUGAAAGAAAUUGGACUCCGGGGAAUAAGUAACCUGGCACUGCACCCAGGGCAGGAGAGGGACCAGGUGCGGAUUUCAGCCACCUCUGCCCUUAGCCUCAUGCUGCAUCAAAUCUACAAGUUCAGGCCAGGCCCUAAAACCCGAAAGGAGCUCUACAGUUUCUUGGUCCCACUACUGAUCAGCAUUCAAGAUAAUAACCUGGAGGUAAUCAAGGUCUGUGGAAGGGCCUUGACUGAAUGGGCUAUCGGGAUUGGCUGGACAUCACUCAAACAAACAUUCCAAAAUACAGUCAUAACUGAUCAUGUUAAGAUACUGGAAGAAACAUGCAAAUGCCUGGUUGGCACAAGUCAAAACCAUUUGGUGGGAAAGUUACUGUUCCAGAGCUUUAGCUUCCUGCAGAGCCCACGGCCCUUCAUUAGGGCUGCAGCAAUCACAUUCAUAGGGCAAACUGUUAUGAAGCUAAAUGUGAACGAAAUCCACGAAGAAGAUGUGCAGCUGUUGCUGAAUGCCCUUCAAGAUCUAAAGGAUGACCCUGUGGAUUCUAUACAGGGUUUGGUCUCCAUCACAAUCAAGAAAAUGGAAACAGCUUAUGUGAAGAGUUCUAUCUGUUCUGGGCUACACCUGAAGCAAAAUUUUAGAGUCCCUGGUUUUGGUACCAAGAAGCGGCUCUUUAAGAGCAUAAAAUCCAAGGAUGAAAGCAAAAAGGGCAUACCAAACUGGUCUAAGUUUUUCCACUGGCAAAUAUUGUCCAUUUUUCGGAGUUCUGAAGAUAGCACGAGGCAAGAGGAUUGCCCAAGAUGUGUUCAAAAGUUUCCCAGAAGAAUACUUCCCCAAAAAUAUCUCUUGAACACACAAGAUUUGGAUAAGUCUGUGUACCAGGUCCAGAAAGAGCUCAAAAUCUCCUGACCCUCCAUCCCUUUUUUGGAGUUUGGGACUGACCUUUUGCCCAGCUGUUUGCUCCGCAGGUGGAGGUUUGUUACACAGAUAUCUUUUCCUGGUUUUCUACAAAGAAUGAAUUACUCAUACCCAGCACCCUCUUCCUUUCCUUCUUCUCCCUAAUUCCCCCACGCCCCAGGGUUAGGAAGAAACCCAAAAGGAUAGUACUGCUGUCUUUUCUAUCCUUUAUUUCAGAGCUUCUGGUUUCCUGCAUAACUUUUAUCAAUAAAACUCCUUUCCUUAUUUUAAGACAAGGUGGUAUUCGUCCAAUAGUUUUUAUUCGGGGCUAGGG